AUGGCGGCCCCGCACCCAGCGAGACAUUUAUCCGCCGCCCAUCGACCCGCCGGCGCUCGGCUCCUUCCCCGCGCCUGGCUCCUUCCUCCUCGCACCGCCCUCCUCCCGGGCGGCCGAGCACCGAGCUGCCGAUGGAGCGCUCCUCCCCGCUCCCCCGCCCCCUCCAGGCGCCGCCAUUUGGGAGCGGUAGCGGCCGAGGAGGUGCGGUGUGGCCCCUCGGAGCCGCGCGGGCACGGCGGGCUGCGCCUGUGGCGGCUCCUUAAGGCGAGCGCCUUCUCAAACGUUGGGCCCAGCGCGGCCCCCCGGCCCGCACCUGCCCAGGGAGGCUUGUGCUGCAUAAUCCGAGGCUGCAGCUCAGCUGAAGUCACAUCAGCAGCAAGGACAAAGGAAAAGCAGCAGUGCUGGGCAGCCUCUCCUAAACACCAAGUAAGAAGAAAACAACAUACAAAGGCUGCAGCUACUGAUGCCCUCCAGGGAGAGCCCUGCCUUUGCCACCAUGGACUAGGAUGCAAUCACCAGCCCGCAUCUCACCUUGCUGUCACUGGACCUGACCUUGAUCUGCAGAUUGACUUCCUGGCAUCUCCUCAUACCUGCCUCCUCAUUACGAGCCUGUGGGAUGAGCUGGGCUGCUGGCUGACCCCAGCUGCCAACCUGGAACUGCCCUGCUUGCGUGCUGCGGGGAUUGGCCCUGCCUUGAUACCCACUAAUCAUGCCUGGUUCCUGCCUCCCUGCACUUGGGGAGCAGCUGGCCUGCUGCAUAUAUGUAUCUCUCGAAAAUAUUUAGAGUGUAUAGCAGUUCUCCAGGCGUAUUUAAGAGUUUUAUUUUCUUUAGAGAAGAAAAUGAUGUGAAAAUGAUGGAAAGAUGAUUGUGUUGCUGGACUUUUUAGUUAGCAAAGGAAGUUCUUUCUUUCUGACUCUGGGUUAACAUGGCUUAUCUGUCUGUGCAAUAGCCAUGAACUAACUACUCAUUCUGUAUUAUUAUAAACAUUAAGUAAUUAUUUGAAAUCUCAUCAGCUCAUUAUAAUAAAUUGAAGUAAGCUUUUUGAA